CAGACACACACAGAGAGUGACACACACCAAACACAGAGACUCACACGCACGCGGAGACACGCACACACUGUGCAGGAAUGGAGGGCUGUUUCUCUCCUGCUCUCUCAUUGCUCACCAGAGACUCAUCCUCUCUCUCUCCCUCUCUCUCUCCCUCUCUCCCUCUCUCUCUCCGUCCUCCACUGUCAGGCACAGCCCAGCUCCAUCAGCAGAGCGAGCUCUCCUCUUCCUCUCUGACCGCCCUACUCACCCUGCACCAGCCCCAUGACGGUCCGCAGGGGCAAGAGACUCACCAUCUCGAUCCAGGAGCACAUGGCCAUAGACGUCUGUCCCGGUCCCAUCAGGCCCAUCCGGCAGAUCUCCGCCUACUUCCCCCGGCUCUCCCCCACGGGGGCCGACCUGCCCCCCCCCGCCCUCCCCGGGGGGGCCGCGGGGGGGCUCUCGCCAGGGCUGCCUCCGGGGGGCACGGGGGCGCUGACCCUGGCAGACAGGCAGAGCAUGCUGGGAAGCAUGGACACGUCCGUGGAAAUCGACAGCUACGACAGUGACGACACAA